AUGCAUCCGAAGAAGAGAGAGAUGUCACUCAGCGAGACCUACGUGCUCGCCCACACGGCCAGGGCCAAGCUCACCCGCGAAGCUGCCAGGGCCGACCACCACCUGCGGCUGCUCGUCGGACACGCCAACAUGCUCGACAACCUCAUGCUCGACCUGGCAGACGCCGAGAGGGAGCGGGAGGCAUGGUACAACCACGCCAUUAAGUCUAGAUCUAGUACUGCUACUUCAACUACAACGGCUGCUCCAGCUCCGGUCUCGGCCAAACGCAUCCAAUGGCUAGAUACCGUUGUCAGACGCGAGACAGAGGAAGAAGACGACGAUGAAGAGUGGGACGGCAGCGACAGCGACUCAGACGACUCCUCAGACUACGAGACAGACGGUGACUUCCUGGUCGACAUCACCACCAAGCGACACCAGCAGACUUCCACUACCUCUACUACUCCUGUCGCUGCCGCCGCCGAGCUAUACCCGAUCAAGUUCUCUCCUGGCACCGCCAACCGGGACUUUGACCUCGGCCUGGCGGGAGACGAGGACGACGACGAGUACGACGACUACGGCGACUACGACUACGACGACGCAGACGAGCUCGCCCUCACUCGCACCUCGUCCAGACAACACCAGCCGCCAGAGCUUCUUCACGACUCCGACGAAGAGUCUGAAGAUGACAUGCCGCCCUCACCCCCCAACACCACCUUCGACAGCUUCUCUGCCGUUGCGGACGCUGCCUCUGCCGUGGCUGUCCCGCAGAAGGCUGUUGGCAAGGACAUACAUGCAGACCAACCUUCCAGCCCUAGACUGUCUGCCGAAGAACAGUCUUCCUUUGUCGAGCAGGGCUUCUUCCUACCUGCCAGGAACCCUGCCAGGACCGCCCAGACCAUGAUUGCUGCUUUCUAA